UUAGUAAUAGAGUUUGCAUCCACGCGCGCGGCUCGAUUUUUUUGUCUCUCCCAAAGAAAGUGAGAAUGUUUACAUCGUCGUCGUCGUCGCUGCCUACUAUGCGUUGACUUUGACUUGGUGCGCUAGUGCAAGUCUGUAAGGUGUACACACAGAACUUCAAAAGUGCAAGUCCACGUGAAAAAGCGUCCGCGAAGAACCGCGGAAGAAUCGGUUGAAGGUUGCUCGAUUAUGAAUUCAAUGUCAGCAGAGAAGCUCUGUUGAUGUAACGACGACGUGUGAGUGUGUGUGUGUUCGUGUACCUUUUUUCGGGCAGCAGCAGUGAGUGAGAGUGAAACCAGUCAGAGCGGCGGCGGCAGAGUUGGGGAAGGAAAAAACGACGACAAACCACCAACACCAGGCCCCACAAUUAAGAACUGUGUGUCGAGAGUGUGGCCUAAAGACCUAUAUUCGACGGUGGGUUCUGUUCUGUCAAGUUCGGUGUGAUUAUUCCCGAAAUUAUCGCGCGUUCAAGAUUUCGAUUUGUUUUCCUGCGUGCGUGAUAGUGAAAGUGCAAUCGGUGGAAGCGCGCUAUAACUGUCAAAAGCUGCGCAAAUUUCGCGUGUUUUUUUCUGGAUUGCGACUUUGAAAAGUUCUUUUCGCUAAAAGCUAAGCAGGUUUCCGAAUUAGAGGAAGGGGACAAACACGCACACAAACAUUUACACAUACGCGGAAGGGAGUUCGCGCGCGCGGUUGUGUAAGUGCGCAGUUGCGCGGCGCGUGUGUUUGUAUUGUGCAUUUUAGAGCCAGGCGGUGAAGAAUGAAAUUCGCGAUUAUUAUUGCGAAUUUGUAGAAUCGCGCGCGGCGGCAGUCGGUCAGCUUUGUGUGUUGGUGUGCGUGCGUGCAUGUGUGUACACGCGAAAACGGGGUUUGGAUUUCGAUUGGCGAAUUUUGUGCGGAAAGGUUGUGCGGGAUUGCGGGAGCGGACGGGGUAUUGAAAUAGUAGUUCCUGGUGUGGCCAAAUUGGGUGAUGGAGGCGCCACCCAUUCUGCUAGUGUUUGUGUCCCCGGAAUGAGGCCACAGCUGCUGCUGCUGCAAAAUCUGACCCCGACCCCGACCUACCUACGGCGGUGCAGUUCCUUGGUGUUACACCAGGUCUGACCUUGAACUAUAUACUCUUUGGUGCAAGUUGUUGCAUCUCCCGCACGACAAUCCCGGGAAGAGAGUGCGUUUUCAGUGGUGAUUCGGGAAUCGUCUCCCGCCCUGUGAGUGUGAGUGUGCGUCGUACAUAAAUGUCUAUGUAUGUGGGUGGGUGACGACGACCAGGAAGUGUCCAACCCCGACACCCGAAUGAUGGUCCGGGUUCAGGUUGGUGAAUCUGCAAGCGCCAUUCAGUCCAGUGCUACCUGAUGGAAUCGGGCUAACGCGCGCGUCUACGUCUCGAAGAAUCGUCCCUCAAGUACAAAGUUACAAAGUGUUCAAGUUCCAAACCCCCCUCGCGAAAUCCCAAGAGUAGUAGGUUAAAAAAAUACAAACCGGAAGAAGCUAAACCAGCCAAAAUGCACGAAGAAGCGUCCUCAACUGCGGCCAGUUCCUCCACGGCACCGUCAUCAUCGUCGUCCUCGUCCAAGAACAUCAUCUACGGUUCCGCUCCCUUCCACGGCAAUCUCCUAAUCACCACCUCCCAACUUCCCGACCCCAACUCCUCGUCCCUGUACGAGCUGAUCCACCAACCGGCCGCCCCCAUGAACCACCAUCACAACCUGCACCACCACAAUCCCAUGACCUCCAAGCUCGUCCUGUCCAACAACUCCCUCAUCUCCACCACGACCGCCCCGAACCCACUCGUCGAAGACGAGUUCAACGUCGUGGCCAGUUCCGCCGACCUGCACGAACUGGCGGCCGCCGCCAAUCUGGACGACUCCACCAGCGAUGCGGUGGCGGCCGCGGCCGCCCUCAUCGACCUGCAUCCGUCGUCGUCGUCCUCGUCGGCGGCGGUGAUUCCGGAGCUGGCCACGGCCACCAGCAGCUCGGGCAGUGGGUGCAGUUCGCUGGAGGAAGCGGUCGGACCGCUCGAACCUAUUGAGAUCAAGAUUCCGGGUUCGGGGGUGGCGGCGGCUGCAGCGACCUCCGCCGACGAUGGGUCCUCGUAUGCGGAAGGGUCGUCCGAUGGUGGCUACCACGAGAACAUCUCCCAGACGCAGUCCAACUAUCUAGCGGCGAUCCCCCCGUCAGAACUGUGCCCCGUGUGCGGUGACAAAGUUUCAGGCUACCACUACGGACUGCUGACGUGCGAGUCGUGCAAGGGCUUCUUCAAGCGUACCGUCCAGAACAAGAAGGUGUACACGUGCGUCGCCGAGCGGCAGUGCCACAUCGACAAGACGCAGCGCAAGCGGUGCCCGUACUGCCGCUUCCAGAAGUGUCUCGAGGUCGGCAUGAAGCUAGAAGCGGUCCGCGCCGACCGGAUGCGCGGCGGCCGGAACAAGUUCGGCCCCAUGUACAAGCGCGACCGGGCGCGGAAGCUUCAAAUCAUGCGCCAGCGGCAGCUCGCCAUCCAGGCACUUCGGGGGUCGAUAGGUGGCGGCGUCGGCAUCGGCCAGCUCGGCACGGCAGCAGACGGAUCGUCACCGGCGGCGGCGGCGGCAGCGGCCGCGGCAGGUCUCCAGGGUCUCGACUACCACCAGUCGCCGUACUCGAGUAUGCACAUCAAGCAGGAAAUCCAAAUACCGCAGGUGUCCUCGUUGACGUCCUCGCCGGACAGUUCGCCGAGUCCGAUCGCGAUCGCGCUUGGCCAGGUCAACCCGCAGACGACGAUCUCGUUGAGCAGUGGCGUCGGUGGCAACGGGAGCAGCGGCGGAGGUGGCAGCAGUGGCGGCGUCGGCGGUGGAGGAGGAACGGGCGGCGGUGCGGGCAAUGGUGGGGCAGGUUCCGGCGGUGCGGGCACCAACGGCGGCUCCAACUCGACGUCCGCCGCCAUCCAGAGCCAACUGUCCGAGUCGAAGCUAUGGAUGAGCGCCAACUCGACGACCGCCUCACCACACUCGCUAAGUCCCAAAACGUUCAGCUUCGACAGCGGCACCAACCCCACCAGCACCGCCGACAACCCAGCGGACACGUUAAGGGUCUCGCCGAUGAUACGCGACUUUGUGCAGUCCAUCGACGGGGACGACCGGGAGUGGACGGCGUCCCUGUUUUCGCUGUUGCAGAACCAGUCGUACAACCAGUGCGAGGUCGACCUGUUCGAGCUGAUGUGCAAGGUGCUGGACCAGAAUCUGUUCUCGCAGGUCGACUGGGCGCGGAACACGAUAUUCUUCAAGGAUUUGAAGGUGGACGACCAGAUGAAGCUGCUGCAGAACAGCUGGUCGGACAUGCUGGUGCUCGACCACAUCCACCAGCGGUUGCACAACGCGCUGCCGGACGACACGACGCUCCACAACGGGCAAAAGUUUGAUCUCUUAGGGUUAGGGCUGCUGGGCGUCCCGAGCUUGGCCGAGCACUUCAACGAGCUGCAGAACAAGCUGCAGGAGCUCAAGUUCGACGUCGGCGACUACAUCUGCAUGAAGUUCCUGCUGCUGCUCAACCCCGGCAAGGGUGCAGAUGUUCGGGGGAUCACCAACCGAAAGACGGUCAUCGAAGGCUAUGAAAACGUGCAAGCGGCGCUGCUGGAUUACACCCUCACCUGUUAUCCGUCGGUGCCCGACAAGUUCGCCAAGUUGCUCAGUAUUAUUCCGGAGAUUCACGUGAUCGCGUCCCGGGGCGAGGAGCACCUGUACAUCAAGCACUGCGCCGGCAGCGCCCCCAGCCAGACGCUGCUGAUGGAGAUGCUGCACGCCAAGCGGAAAUGAGUCCGCCGGCACAGUAACGGUGGCAGCUCGCGGCGGCGGAAGGAGGCGGCAUUUUCGUUCCACGUGGAUUCUAUGUACUUUGCGUUGCCUGCCCCACCACCACCCACCCAGGAUUAAGUUUAAGAAGGCGAAACCGGAAAAGAGAGCGGGGGGAAACCCCAGAUUAAGAGGUUACCAUUUUUUUCUCAUCUCAGCGAAGUAAACUUUAGUUGUGUAACGGGAUUUCUUGAAAAGAAGGAAGUGAAACAAACAGAGAUGCUGCCGCCAAAUUGCCGAGAGAAUCUAGCUUGUUAGGUUUGAAACAGAUGCAACAAUUCCGGAUCGCGACAGCCACAUCCAAAACCCAUCCAAGAAAGAGAAAAAACUGAAGGACAGUCCGUGAUCGUGGAGCAGAAACGGAAGUUAUACCAGAUAAAUCCAAAACCGCAAACACACAAAACAAAACAAAAACAAACGUAAUACAAAGGAUCUAAAACUAAGUGUUCAAUAAAUGUUAAAUCAAGCUGUUAACGAAUUCUCCUUAAAACAAUAACUCUUAUUAGUAAUUUGUCAAACUUAUUUUGUUAUCUUCAUUUGUUUCGGAAACGUUAGUGCAAUACAAAUAUAAAACCAACCACAACAAAAACAACAAAAAACCCACACGAAACUCAUUUCUCAAUGUGUCCUCAAUAUUAAGCAACCGUAGAUGCAGCAAACGAAUGGCAUUUCUCAUCCCUCAUCAACAAAAUUGCAGCAGCAGCAGAAACCCAUUUUUGAUCGCCGCACCCCCCAAGUAAGAAAUAUUCCUUUUUGUCCAAACACACCAGCUCUACUUAUACAACAGAAAAAAAUAUAUAUAGAAACCCACAAAAAACGGCACUCUUGACGGAAAUAUUACCGAUAAAAAUAAGGGAAAUAACUCAAAUCAAAGUUGUUUAAAAGCUCUUACUUGUUGAAGCAAACUUACAAAAAAACAAAAUACCACACAAAGCUGUAUACUAAAUGUUACCGAUUAAAGCCACUCACACAGUUUACACAAACAGAAGAAGAAAAAAAUCAACAAAACCAGCGAACGUUUAAAAAUCGAUGUGUCAGAGCUAGAUUUCACCGACUCGAGCAAAAAAAAAACAGAAAUCGCAAAUUGUAGUGCUUGUUGUUGUUUUAGUUUAGCGGCAAUUUGUUGUUUGCAGGAGGUGGGGAAAACUAGAAGCAGAGGGAGUGUCGAAAACGAGGGGCUUCCGGAGGAAAGUGGGUCAGAAUAUUUCACUGUAUUUUUAUCGUGGAUUGCACAUGUUGAUUUGUUUCAGUGUGGCCUCAAUAACCUCAACUUCUUACAUAAAUUUAAUCCUUUUUCUCUAAUCUGACUCCCAAUAUUUAUCCAUCUUUCUAAAAAAAUCUUUUUUCUAUUUCCAAAACCUUCAAUCUUUUCACUAUACACUGGUUUAAAUUUCUUCAUGCUUUCUAUAAAUAUAACUUAACGAUUCUGUUUCGUUAAUUUCUUCUAUCGACUUAUGUCUUACCUUUCUUGAAAUCUUCGAAAACACUGAUUUAAUCCUUCAAUUUCCAACACACUGGUUCAAAUCAACACGUUCAAUCCAAAUCAACCUGUCAACAAGGCCCCAAAAACGACCAGUCGAACCCCCCUUCCCCAGCGAACCUCACGCUUCCUUCGCACCAGAAUCGGGUGCAAACUCACCCCCCUGGGCAGAACCGGCUACCGUUCCACCUCCACCGGAGAUCUUCCCGCGAGUCCCAUAGCGUGCAACUCUGUAAAUAUAUAUAAAACCAAAAACACACGCAGCGAAAAUCACACUCUAUCCCGUUUUCGAACAAAGAAAAACAAACACACCCUUCCAAGGACUGCUCUAUCUCUAUCUCUAGCGAAUAAGUGAAAUGAACCAAAAAAAAACGAAAAAUGAUGAAAUCGUGCAAGUGGGGGAACUCUUAGUGAUGCUGGACCAGGGAAGGGCGCAACUUUCCAGUUGCGCCCCCUAAAGGGUCCUUCUAGGGGGGUGCCCGCGCUCGCGCGCGGCUUACGACAGUGUCAGUUGACGCCCCCGUGAGGAAUUUCGACUCCAAAAAAUAACCUUUUUUGGAAUCUUGUGCUCCCAAGGAGAGGUCCAAUCUGGCACGAUCGAACCGACAGGCGGCGCUGUGGCGCCCCGUUUUGCGAUGACACAAGGGGAGGAUUAGUCUGUAAGACGCAACGCUGACCGGGCACGGUAAUCGGUGGUGAACUGUGGAGCGGGUUUGGCCGCGGCGCUAGUGGGGUGAGUUCUGUUUGUGACCUCUGGGGAGGAAGUGUUGAGUUUGUGGGGUGAGGUGAGUUGAUUGGUUUUUGAAGUGGGCCGAAACGUCGGACGGAGGAACCCUCGCGCUCCGCGCGCCACCUGUUGACACCUAAAAACAAACCAAUGUGAUGCUAACAAUGUGUUCUAUACGAGGAAACAAGAUACAAAGUUGAUAGAAAGGAAAUAGUCGUCGUUGGGAGAAGGGGAAGCGGAGGAAAAACGCUGUAUAUUUGUAACAAUUUCCGGUCCCCGCAGGAAAUCGAACCGUCGAACCGUCUGUUGCGGAAAGCGGAAGCAGGAAGGGAAAAUGAAAGUAUUAUCGAAUAGUUUUAUUUAUUUUUAUUACCUAGUAAGGAUCGAAAUUGAGCGCCAGCCUCGGUGUAGAAAAAAAAUCAAGUUGAAAAAAAAAACACGCAAAAGUGAUUGUGUAAAUAGCGGAAACUUGUAGUACAGAGAGAGACUCUUAUAAAACAACCAAACAAAAGAUGUCAAAGAAAGGCUCUAGCAACAGACACACACACACACAAAACAUACACACACAAAAAAGAGAGAGGACAUAAAUAUAUAUUUUUUGAUGCCACUUUUAUCUUAGUAGAAGGCGAAGGCGUAAAGAUCGUCUGCAAUACUCUCCAGGAUUUUCCAAUUUUGCCCAACUCCGCACUGCACCCAAACGUGAAGUUGUGAAAAACAGGUGACAGGUUUUUGCCGGAAAGGAGGCCAACGUUUGGCCCUUUUCAGUAAGCUACUCGAUUUUUCUCACUGGGUUGGUUGUCAAAAUUUGCACGGAAAGAAGUUCUUUGAACGAUUUUUGCAAAGUCAAAUGAUAAAGUUUUUGAGCUUUUUACUUGAAAACAUAAAUAAAGAUUACAGAAGCCACAUGGAAGAAUAACAUAACCUCAAAAUUGGCAACAAAACAGCUUGAAAAUCCUGAGAAAAUUUGCUUUUUUCAAGCUUCAAUUUUUUUGACAGAAAAUCCGUAUGUUUCUGGAUUUGUAAGAGAUUUGAAAAUACAAAAAAAAUCUCAUGUCAUAACUUUUUUGGAGCUAUGUGAGCACCGAUUAUACUUUAAGGAUUUGAUAACAAACAGUUUUUAAUUUUUUAAGUGUUAAUUUGUUUUCGUUGUUUUAGUUUUUUUCUGCUUAAUUCUUGUUAUUUCAUAAUUGUUUCAAAGCUUAAUGUAAAGUCUGGCAAAUUUUCUAAUUGUUUUUGCUAUUUUUUUAAAUUUUCUGUUGAAAAAUGCAAUCUCGCCAAUGUAAUAAUCGUAAAACGACAACACUUCUGAUAGUUAUGAUUGGACUUGCUAGUUUCCUGUUUACAUUAUUAGUUUUAAAUUUUUGUAAACAUUUUUUUAAUUAUAACUAAUUUUCCGGUUAUACUAACGUAGGCCACAAAGCUCACAUGUUCAAAAUGUGUUAUUUUUUUCUUACCACGAAAUCCCUCAAUUUAGGACAAUUUAUUACAAUUUAGCGAAUUUAAUAACUGCUGCAAAGUAGAAAUUUAUUUUCUUGUUGCUUCGGAUCUGGCAAAGAAGACCAAAAAAUCAGAUGAACAAAGAAUCAAUUUAAAUGCUUUCAAAGUGAUAAAUUCUGUCAAAAUUUUAUUUAAUCAAACAAAAACAUUGGUAGUUUCACAGCAUUAAAGACAGCUUAUUUGGAUUUGCAAAUUUUUCAACGAAACUCCUUUCCGUACAUGAAAAAACCAUUUCUCGACAAUUGCUCGUUUGGGCGCCCGCGCAAGUGUUCUGCUGAGGUCGCACCGAGUUGGGGUUUCGUCCAACACAUACCAAAAUCUCAAAUCGAGCCGGAAUCCGGAGGUAUUUAGAGCGACCCGUAAACCUUCACCGAAAAAAGGGAGAUGUAGCAAUUCAAUGCCUUUUCAAAAGUACAAACAAGAAAGUUACACACUUACACGUUAGACACUUACACACAUGUCCACACAAACACACAAUUUAAAACAGAGAGAGAGAAAGCAACGUUAUGUACACUUGUGUAGAUUUUUACGACUCCCAAAGGUAGUGUUGCACCCCGAUAGAGAGCGCCACCAGCUAGGAGGGAAAAAAAGAAUCUGUAAAUAUCGUUUUAAAAGACGCAAAAACUUGUGCUUUUAGUCGGUCGCGCGCAAGCGCGAGUGUUCCAUCCAAGUUCUGACUUCCGGAAGCCCCUCGCAGAACCUCAGAACAUCAGGACGGUUUAAUUUUUUUUUUGUGGGGUUGGGAUUCGCAAAUGGGCAUCGCAGCAACAACAACAACGCGUUUUAGGUAGGCAAGCAAAAAGAGUGUGGGGGGAGAGGGUAUUCGAAUGGGAGCGAAAUAAGUGUAACCAAAUGCUGUGACAUGAAUAUUUUUUAACAAAUGAAAAAAAAAAUGGGAAAACCACACACAAAACAAGAAAGAAACGCUAGCUUUAGGUUGUUUGUUUGUUUCCGUAGUGUAGUUAGAGGUGUAAUUAAUUUUUUAAACGGCACACACUCAAAAAAUUAAAAACUGCAGAAAGUGUUCAAGCGUGGUGUGUGGGCAUGUUUAGCUAGGGGCAAAUAGGAAGGGAAGCGGAAAAGUUAGGAGCAAUCGCUCGUUUCCCACCGAGAAUGAACGGAACUCGGGAGCGCACUCGAGAACGAGGCAAAGUUGUUUGUUGUUGUAUGUUUGCGACAGAGAGAUAGAGAAAAAGAAACAUUCCAGAGGAGGGCAGAUUUAAAAGAUUUAUCAAACUCACAGAAAAGUAAAAACACUAGCGAAAGCUGCAUCGAAAUACAACAACAACAAAGAAAACACUAUAAUGUGGAAAUAUUAAGCGAAAUAAUUUGCCACAGUGAUAUAGAUUUAAUGAAGCAAAACAAACUUAAUUUAUAAAGUAUUGAUCGGUUGGUAGCAAUGUCCGUAGAAGCUUAGUAACAAAAAGGCAAGCAAGCAGCAAAAAAGAAUCACCAGGAAAUCGAGUGAUCAGCAACGUUAAGGGUUAGGAUUAGUUAGCAAGGAUGGAAAUUUUACAAUGGUGAUGGUGUUCAAAGCAAAACAGUUUUGGCUUGAUUCUCCCUGUCCCAAAAAAAUGCAAUCUUAUUUCGAACAAACAAGGUGCUGUUUUGUUCAUUUUCGCCAGAAUUACCAACCACUUUCUUUCCGUGUACGAUUCUAGUACGUUUUGUUUUUCUUUCCACCAUGGACACGAACCUCUUUGCCAUUCAGCCAACUGUAGCCGUGACACGCCUGCUGCGAUCGGCACGACAGGUUCGCGUCACGCCUCUCCACAUGCCAUAAUUUCCUAACCAGCAAAAAAUCGAGAGAGAAAGAGAGCGAAAACAAAACAAGCUUUUCCAUAGUUAUAGAAGAAAAAAAAAUACGAUGUAAUAAAACCUUACAAAAUGAGAAAAACUCGCCACUGGUUUCCAAAUCACACACACACACACACAACACACCUUCUCCAGAUUAAGAAGAAAAAGAUGCAUCACACACAACUAAGCAAAAUAUGUAAAUGAUAUUAAAGAAACAUAAAAAAACAGAAGUAAAAAAACAAAACAAAAAAAUGGGGUACCUUACCUUAAUGUGUUUUCAAAACCUUUUUACGCGUUUAAGUUGUUCGUCUUAGUGAGUAUAGCUGUCUGUUUAGUUAUAUUGCGUCGAAAUUUGUUAGAAGUUUGUUUGGCCCGACCAUGUAAACGAGAAAUCAACGUUCGCUUAGGAUAUUACUUAACUUUUUUUUCUUUCUUAAAAAAAAGCAAAAUCAAACGAAAAAUCUACCACUAAAAACAAAACAAGCAAAGCUUUAGCAUAUUCCUUGGAACGAAAAGAAAAGUAAAAAAGAAAACUAAAUCGUUUAGUGUUUAACAAAAAAGUGACGACGACACACACACAAAACAACCCACAACCCAACACAAGCUGUAAAAUUACCAAUACUUUCAAAAAGUAUCACUAGGUCUAAGUGCGGUACGCAGGAACGGAAGCGGAACUCGAUGUGUUAUAAAGCUGCUUUAACAAAUAAAAAAAAAACGAGCAGCGAAAAAUAAAAGAAACAGUUGUAAGAAUAAUCGACGUGCGCUAUAAGUUAUUUAAACACAGAAAAACAAAACAGAAACAUGCACACAUGUUAAGAGGAGAUAACAAAAAAGUGAGUCACAGACAGAGAUAGAGAGAGAGAUAAAGAGAGAAAGUAUCAGGAUUAAAUCAGCUGUUGAAAAUUUAUAAAUAUAUUUUUUUGCGUUUCCAGAGAGGUUUAACUAAAAAUUUUAAUCGCAACUUGUUAUGGCUAAUUUUACCACAGGGCACAGCGUAAGAGAGAGCGAAAGAGAGAGAGAGAGAGAAAACGUGAAAUUGUGUGAAUGCAGAGUUAAAAUAUAAGAGAGUAAACAGAAAAAAACCGUUAUUAAUGUACAUUUUUUUAUAUUGCCUAAGUUUAGUGAUAAGUUCUCCUUUGGUAGCAGAUUCGAAAGAAGAUGAAAUAAAAGAGCAAACAAGUUGAAAAUAAUUACAAGCACACACUCACACCCACACAAAAAAACACACACACACACACAAAUCGGAGAAAUGAUAACAAAAGUGAAAACAAAAUGGUAGAAUCAUGAUCGUAGUCUAUACAAAUACACAACAAAAAAA